AGUGCCUGUGCUCGCCGCUCAGUGGCCACGUCUCCCGGAAGGUGGACCCGGAUGCCUCUCCGGGCUGAUGGUAACUGCCGUCAGGUUUGCCUCCUUUUCAUCCCCCGUCUCGAUAUCUCGAGUCCGCUCUGGGCUCUUGAUUCAAGGGAUCGUGGCAGAAUCCGUGACGAAGGAAGCGCGGAGUUGAACGUUGGAUGAUAACAUUCCAUAUAGUCUUUGAUUUCCAUCAUGUCUUGGCUUGUUGACCUGGCUGGCAAGGCAGAGGACCUGCUCAACAGAGUAGACCAAGGAGCUGCAUCUGCUUUAAGCAAGAAGGAAAAUGCAAGCAGUAUAAGCUAUGUUAGUAGCCAGGUGGAUGAUGUCAGCGUGUAUCCCAAGCCUUAUAAGACCAGAGAGCAGCAGGAUCAGGCAUCAUCUCUAUCAAGCUUUAUCUCCUCUGCAGCAGAUAACAUUAAACAUCAGAAGGCAACAAUACUGGCAGGAACUGCUAAUGUUAAGGCAGCAUCCAGGUCCUCUGGGGCAGGAGCUCCAUCCAUGGAAACAGCUUCUGUGUCCAGACCCUCUUUCCAGUUUGUGAGAAGGAAAAAAUCUGAACCAAAUGAUGAACUCCUGUUUGACUUUCUCAAUAGUUCUGAAAAAGAACCUAAUGGGAAAAAAGACCUGAAAAGAGAGAAAAGCAAAGCAGCCACUGUUCAAAAUCAUUCUCGGACUUCGAGUAUUAGCUCUGUGUCAGCGAGUUCACAGAGCAUCAAAACAGGGGAAGAUCCUUCCAUUCGAAGUCAAGGCAAUGAGACAUCUGAUAGUUCCAGUUCUGGAUUGGAGACUGAUGUGGAUAUUAAAAAGGAUUCAUUGCAAACUGCAGAAAUAAAUCCCAAUCUUACUCUUAAUGAUGGUAAAUCACAUGAAUUGUCCAAUCUUCGCCUUGAGAAUCAGCUACUGCGUAAUGAAGUGCAAUCUUUAAAUCAAGAAAUGGCAUCAUUAAUUCAGCGCGCCAAAGAAACCCAAACAGAAUUAACCAAUGCCCGGGCAAGAAUUGAAAAGUGGAAUGCUGACAAUUCAAGCAAUGACAGACUUGUUCGGGAACUUCGAGCUCAAGUUGAUGAUCUGACUGAAGCUGCUGCUGCCAAGGAUUCCCAAUUGGCUGUCCUCAAAGUGAGAUUACAGGAAGCUGAUCAACUUCUGAGUUCACGUAAUAAAGCCUUGGAAACAUUGCAGAAUGAAAAAUCGAGAAUAAUAAAGGAUAACAGUGAAGGCAACAGCCUGCACAAUCAAGCUCUCCAGACUCUUCAGGAGCGGUUACAUGAGGCCGAGUCCACACUUAGGCGGGAGCAAGACAACUACAAGCAGAUGCAGAAUGAAUUUUCAACUCGCCUCAGUAAAAUGGAAGCUGAACGUCAGAACCUGGCUGAAGCCAUAAUUGCAUCUGAGAGGAAAUAUGUAGAAGAGAAGCGGAAAUCAGAGGAAUUUCAACAGCAAAUUAAAGUAGCCAAAGCUAACUUGGAGUCUGCUAAGCAAGAGUUGGUGGACUACAAGCAGAAAGCUACACGCAUACUCCAGUCUAAGGAAAAGUUGAUAAACAGUCUGAAAGAGGGCUCUGGCAUUGAAGGUCUGGAUAGCCAAACAGCGAGCCUCAUGGAGUUAGAGGAACUGAGGCAUGAACGGGAGCUGCACAAGGAAGAAGCACAGAAGCUCCGGGGCCAAAUACAGCAACUGAGAAUUGAACUGCAGGAUAUGGAAGCACAGCAGAUAACUGAAGCUGAGUCCACAAGAGAGCAAAUUCAAGAUUUGCAGGAUCAGAUUGUUACGCACAAAACAGCGAAACAAGAAGUAGAGGCUGAACUAGAGAGACAGAAACAGGAACUCCGCUAUGCUGAAGAAGAACUGUACAGGACAAAGAAUUCUCUGCAAAGCCGAAUAACAGAUAGAGAAGAGGAGAUUCAGAAACUAAGGAAUCAGCUAACAAACAAAACAUUGAGCAGCAGUAGCCAAACAGAGUUGGAAAAUCGGCUGCAUCAGUUGACAGAGACACUAAUUCAGAAACAAACCAUGCUAGAGAAUCUCAGCACAGAAAAAAAUGCUUUAGUCUAUCAGUUGGAAAGAUUGGAGCAGCAGCUGAAGACUGUCCAAGGAGCUUCAACAAAUGGCUCCUCCAUUAAUAUGGCAGGAAUUGACAACAGUGAAGGCACUCGCAUGCGAAAUGUUCCUGUCCUUUUUAGUGAUCUUGAUGUGAAUGCAGCAGGAAUGUACAGCAAGGUUCGCAAAGCUGCAAGUAGCAUAGACCAGUUCAGGUGCUGCUUCACCUCUGGGUCAUGGUUGUUCUACUUACGUACACUCCAGAAAUGCAUCAUGAUAAUCCACGUGGGAAUUAGACCACAGUUCUGGAAGAGACUGGUUGAUACAAUAUACACUGAAUUAAAACAAAGGAACAAAAAGAAUCCUAUAAAGACUUCGAAGGGAAAAGCUUGGCAACAAUAUUUGAACAACCAUUACAUCUUUUUUUCUGGCUGCUUGGGCAAAAUUAAAUGAUAUGGCAAGGGAUCUAAGUUUAGUACCCAUAAAACAAGCAACUUCUUAGGGAAAAGCUAUUAAAUGAACUGUUGCUGCCAUCUUUCUUCAUCACCCUGUUUAUGGUGCACUCAUGUCAAAACAUGUAUAUGCAUAGAACUAGCCUGGUUUUGAGAUUAUAGAUGCGUAUGGUACAUAAUGUAUUUUUGAUUCUACAGGAAAUGGGGCUAUGGUCCAAAAAAUAAAUGUACUUAGAAGCUGAGAAGAAGCUUUUAUUCUUUUUUUCCCUGUUAGUACACUUUUAACUUUGUAAAUAUUAUAAAUUUAGCUUAGUUCCUUAUAUUACAGAUUUGACAGCUGCUUUGCAAAAUGCUUUUCUUUAAAAAGCUUUAAUGGAGAGAGAGAUGUUGCAGUGCUUAAAAUGUGGUCCUUCAGUAUAUCAGAAAUUUAUUUUCCAUGGUAAUGCAGAAAACUUAUCUUUUUAAUGCAUAUUUUAAUUAUCAUGUAUGGCAGAGCACAUAAAGAAUUGUAAGAUUCAGUGCCUUUUGAUCUUUGCAUCUUUAACAUUGCUAUUAGCUGCCUUAUUAAAACUUGUCUUGUCUUCA